AUGGCUUACAAGUUUAUAUUUGAUCACAACGACAAUAAUUUUAUUCAGAUUUUGGCUCCUGCAGGAAUUGACGAAAACUAUGGAAAAAAGCGAAAGCGAUCAAUUGCAGAACAGAGAAAAUCACUCCCAAUAGCAUCUGUUGAGACAAAUUUCAUCCAAAAUGUGCAUGAAAAUGAUGUAUUGAUUCAUAUUGUUGUUGGUGAAACUGGAAGUGGAAAAACAACACAGAUACCACAGUUCCUCUUUAAUGCUGGGUUUUGUCGACAUGGAAAAGCUAUUGGGGUAACCCAACCUCGACGAAUUGCUGCCCUAUCUGUAGCCAAACGAGUUGCUGAGGAAUGUGGUGUCGUGGUUGGUGAAAAGGUUGGGUAUUCUAUCAGAUUCGAGGAUGUAACUUCCAGUUCCACCAGAAUAAAGUAUAUGACAGAUGGUAUACUACUGAGGGAAGCACUGUUAGAUUCUUAUCUUUCUAGAUAUUCAGUUAUUAUUGUUGAUGAAGCUCAUGAAAGAACUGUUGAUACUGAUGUAUUGCUAGGGUAUUUGAAAAGAGUGCAGAAAGCAAGAUCUAAAUCUUUAACUGAAUCUUCUAAUGAUCUGAACACAAAUGAUAAUGGCUUGACGUUAGAAAAUAGAAAUAGCAGUGAAUAUGCCUUUUCCUUAAAGAGAUGUCAAGGAAGGAAACUACCUCCCCUGAAGCUAAUUAUCAUGUCAGCCAGCUUAAAUGCACCCCUUUUCUCUGAGUUUUCUGGUGGAGCAAAGGUGUUCCAUGUCCAUGGGCGUCAGUAUCCUGUAGCUAUAUUUUAUACCCGCCAGCCCAUACUAGAUUACAUAGAGGGUACUCUUAUUACUAUAUUUUAG